GUUCUCGUGUGUUGAAUUUUUACAGAUCUGUUUUUCGGUACAUAUUUUUGAAUACUAAUUGUUACAAAAACUUAAAAUACCAUCAGUCAGCUACUUAUCCGAGUCCAAGUGGUAUCGUUGAAGUGACAAUUUCUUUUAUGACCAACAUCGGCUUGCUGCGCUUAGUGAGCAACACCGGCAUCAAUCAUUUGAUAAGGCAAACUGUGCCAAGCCAGCAGCUGACGGUUUUUGCUAGGUCACCAUCAUCAACGUCUCUGUCCGCCGUUGUCGUACGAUUCUUAGUCAACCGAAGCAGUUACAGUGGUGGUAGUAGUGUUUGUGCUUUUGCCAAGCGUGCAUCAACCGUUUCCGUGUCUAGUAGUACCUGCAAGAUGAAUGGUGAUUCAGCAAAACCAAAAAUCGUUUUCGUUCUGGGAGCUCCCGGAGCUGGCAAGGGCACCCAGUGCGAGAAGAUUGUGCAACAUUUUGGUUACACGCAUUUAUCGGCUGGAGACCUACUGCGGGAGGAACGGAACCGGGAAGGAUCCGAGUACGGAGCGCUGAUUGAAGACAACAUCCGCAAUGGGCGAAUCGUUCCGGUGGAGAUUACCUGUGCACUGCUGGAGAAUGCAAUGAAUAAAACCCGAGAGACAACAGGCAACGAAAAGUUCCUGAUCGAUGGAUUUCCUCGGAACGAGGACAACUUGCAGGGCUGGAAUCGUAAAAUGUCCGAGAAGGUUCAGUUGCAGUUUGUGUUGUUUUUCGAGUGUACCGAAGAUCAAUGUGUCGCCCGUUGCCUGAAGCGUGGCGAAAGCAGUGGUCGCUCGGACGACAAUCUGGAAAGCUUGAAGAAACGCUUUAACACUUACAUCACCGAUACGAUGCCCAUUGUGGAGCACUACAGGAAGCUGGAUUUGGUGAAAACUAUCGAUGCAGUUGCUGGGCCGGAUGAAGUGUUCGAGAAAGUUAAGUGUACUUUUGCAACUGUUAAUUAGGGCGAUACUCCGGUAAGUGUCCAGUCGAUAUUCCAUUGUUUAAUGCCAAAUGGGAGAAUAAGGCGUACUAGCAGCAUAGUUCAAGAAUCAAGUCAUUCCGUGCACGCAAAAAAUAACUACAAUAUCACUGGGUUGUCUCUUGUUUCGUGCGCGCAAUUAUGCACGGCCAAUCAGUCAAUUUUGAAGUAUUUUCAAACUAACGUUUACUGCAAAGAAAUUAUUGAAAAACGGCCCAUCACGUUACGAAUGUAAAUUACCAAUCAGUACCCUAUUGCAAGUACGCGAAUUUAGUUGUAAAACGUAAAUUCAAUCUGUUACUUUCUUGGGUAGUUUACCUAGCGUAGAGCACGGUUAGGUUGAAUUGAGUGUUUGUGACUGUAGUAAACUUUAAACGAAUUAAUAGAUAAAUAAAAUUAAUUACUUGUUAGCUUUAAGACACAACUCGCCGGUUUAUUCGGUUAAUGUUACAGCUUGGAUGACAGCCAUUGCUAUAGAUUUGUUUAAAUUAGACGCCAACAAUUAUUGAUUUAAGUUUUUUUGUGGUCGUAAAUUUUAAUGUUGAAAUGCAAUCGGCUGCACUUUCAUUUAUUCGAGCGCUUUGA